AUGGUACAGUUUUCAUCAACAGUCCACUUUGAUCAGUCAGAGCCGCUCGUGUUCUACUACGAACAAUACCAGUACAACUACCAAGAACCAAACGAUACACUAAAAAAAUUAAAAGCAGAGGCGAAAAAGGCCGGAAAAGUAAAUACAGAGUAUUUGGACCAGGAAAUUCUGGAAGAAUUGAAGUUUGAAGGUGAAGAUUGGGAAUCUAAAGUAAAUUAUGAAGAAAUAGGAGAUAAGAGAGAGGAUUCCGCAAAAAAACAGUACAGUAGAGAGGAGGAUGCCAAGAACAAUAAUACCAAUUGUAAUAAUUAUGACAGUAACGGCGGCAAUAACAGUAGUAGUGUUGUCAAUGAUGUUGAUGCCGGAGUACGCGAGAAAGAAGGGAAAAGUAAGCUAGAAAAUAUGGAAACGAAGAACUCGGAAGAUAAAAUCAGCAAUGCGACGUAUUUCUACAGAAUACUGCACCAUCUGAUAGAUGUGACGAGCGACGGAACGAGGUUUAGGUGCCGAAAGAGGUCACCGGAGGCGUGCGACUCCUGUAAAAUAGUGGAAAGACUAAUAUUCACGUACUUUGAUACGACAACACUAGAGGAUAUAGGAGCGGAGAGAGUAGCCAGAGGGAAAUGCUCGCACAUAUACUGCCAGAAUCAAAUAAGCAAGAGCGGGUGUAAGUCGAAGUAUAAAAUAGACGUUAUAUCGAAAAACAUAUACAACAGAGAAGAAUAUGAGUCGUUCUGCUCAGUCAAGUGCCUAGAAGAAAAUAAGAAAGUGCACGCAAAAAUGGCAACGUCACCAGUGGAAACAGGAUCGUUCACACCAAGAGCAAUGAGAUGCGCAGACAACGAAACGCUUAAAAAGUUACACGAUAACGUAUUCACACUGCCAGAAUGCUCAUCAGAAGGAAAAAUGGAUAUAGAUUGCGAGAAUAUAGUAAAAAUGGAACAAGUGAAGGUAGAUAUGAGUGAAAUAAGCGGUGUGGAUAAUGUGUCAGAAAAGAAAGGAAGAUAUGAUACAUUUGAAAUAUACGAAGACUUUGAGUCAUUUGAUAGCCUGUCAGAUUCGUCAAUGUCAGAAGUAAACGUUAAGUUUGAUAAGGAAACAAAGAACCUGAGAUCAAUAUAUAAAUCAGCAGAAGGAAAAGGAAAUAAUGAAGAUAAAAUAAGUAAUAAAGAAAAGGAAGAAGGCGGAAAGGUAGUAGGAACAAGAGGGUACAUAGAGCAAGACAGCUUGGGAAUGUUCUCAGUACUAUGGUACGUGUUGAGUAACCUCAUAACAAAAAGAACGAGAGAGUUAAUUAACUCAGGAAUACCACAGCAAGAACACUACAACGAGCAAUUUGAACAACUGUACGACUGCUGCAUCAGAGAUUUGCCAACGAUGAUGACGUCGACACUGAAGCAGCACGUGCAACACAUACUGUCGACAUUUAAUCCAGUCAAGAAUGACAUGCUCAAUAAUAAGAUUCUGGAGCCGUUAUCGCAAGUCAUCAUAUACGCCCUCUUGGUAAACCGGCACCACCUGCCGCUUAACUACAGCCACCACGGAGCUAAAGAAGGAAGCACCGAGUGUCAAACUGACGAAAUGGAAGGAGGGGUGGAGGAAAGCAGCCCUGAGGAGGCGCAAAGGACGAAAGGCACGUACCACUACGACAGAUACAGGGAGGAGAUUGGGAACGUGGACUGCCACGUGUUCAAGGAAAAAAUAGAGAAGACGCUCGGACACAAGUAUAAGCUGGACCAGGACUCAAUAGAAAUACUCCUAGAGCUGUUUAUACAGCUUUAA